UAUUCCAAAGAUUUUAUGCAUGCUUGAAGGCAUGCAAGGAUAGCUUCAUUUGUUGUAGACCUAUUAUUGGCUUGGAUGGAUGCUUUCUGAAAACCAAAUAUGGAGGGGAGUUACUAACAGCAGUGGGAAGAGAUGGAAACGACCAAAUGAUGCCCAUAGCAUAUGCUAUUGUUGAGGUAGAAAACAAAGACUCCUGGACUUGGUUCUUGGAGCUCCUUAUUGAGGACCUUGGUGGGGCAGCUGUAUGUGCAGGAUGCACAUUUAUUUCAGACCAACAAAAGGUCAGUGAAUGUUCAAUAUGUUUUACAUAUAACUGAAUAUCUUCAUUAAACAAAUGUUAAUUACAAUAUGUUGAAUAUGUCAGGGUCUUUUGCCAGCAAUCCAGGAUCUUCUACCUGGUGUAGAACAAAGAUUUUGUGUUAGGCAUUUAUAUUCAAACUUCAGAAAAAAAUUUCCUGGAAAAAACCUUAAACGUCUGAUGUGGCGGGCAGCAACAGCAACACACCCACAACAAUGGGAGACUGAAAUGAGGAAUAUUAGAGACAUAAAUCUUGACGCAUUUAAAUAUCUGAUUGCCAUCCCACCUAGGUUUUGGUCAAGAUCUAGAUUCACCUCUAGAUCACAAUGUGACACUCUUGUCAACAACAUGAGUGAGGCCUUUAAUAGUGUGCUAGUCGAUAGUAGGUCUAAGCCUAUUAUUACCAUGUUAGAAGACAUAAGGGUUUACAUAAUGAAGAGAUGGGCUGCCAACAGGACAAAGAUCACAUCAUAUCAAGGUUCAAUAUGCCCCAAGAUUUUUAGCAGAUUUCAAAAGGAGUCCUGGUUAACUAGACAUUGGUUACCAAGGUGGUCAAGAGAAAAAUUAUUUGAAGUGAAACAUCUUUCAGAAUUUGGUCAGCAAUUUGUUGUGAAUAUUGACACCAUGGACUGCACAUGUAGAAAAUGGGCAAUUACUGGCAUUCCGUGUACUCAUGCCAUCACUGCAAUGAAGUUUUUGAAUAUAAAUGCAGAAGAAUACAUUGGCAACUGGUUUAGGAAGUCUACUUAUGAAGAGACUUACAACACAAUAAUUAACCCUAUCAAUGGACAACAUGUCUGGGAUGUUACACCCUAUGCAGAUAUAUUACCACCAAAGAAGAGGACAAUGCCAGGAAGGCCCAAGAAGAAACGAAGGCUAGAGGAGUGGGAGUUGAAGAAGAAUAACAGUGAAUUAAGAAAGGGUGGCCAGAGGAAAACAUGUGGCAUCUGCAAACAACUUGGACACAACAGAAAAGGCUGUCCACAAAGACCUCCAACAGUAGAGGUUCCUACAGCCCAAUCUUCUCAAGUCACCCAACCUCCAGCAACACAUGUUCCUAUUGGUGACCAAUCUUCUCAAGUCACCCAACCUCCAGCAACUAUGCCUUUAUCUGAUGAAUGAUGUACUGAUCAAUGAUCUAAUGUACUGAUCCUAAAUUUAUAUUUUGUAGCAAAUGUUUGCUCUAUCAUUUUG